UGAGAAGUUCGGAAAUCUGGUCCUUCUUUUCAGUCUUCGGUUCCUCCGUGGAUAGGGCAGCGCCAGAUAUUUCUUGUAGGAAUCUUGAGAUAAAACAACAACUUCACUUGUUGGAUACAUCCUACACUUCUCCGUUUUGACGGGCCCAGGAGCCACUGAACACUAAGCCCCUCUAUCCGCCAUGCCUCUGGUGACGAGGAACAUCGAGCCCAGGCAUGUGUGUCGCCAGACACUCCCUGAAAGCGUCCGCAGCGAGCUGGAGUGUGUCACCAACAUCAGCCUGGCAAACAUUAUCCGACAGCUCGGCAGCCUAAGCAAGUAUGCGGAGGACAUAUUUGGGGAGCUAUUUGUGCAGGCGGAGGCAUUUGCAACGCGGGUGAACACGCUGGGAGAGAGGGUGGAUCGCCUGCAGGUCAAGGUCACCCAACUGGACCCCAAAGAGGAAGAAGUGUCCCUGCAGGCAAUCACCCAGCGCAAGGCCUUCCGCAGCAACCUGACCCAGGACCAGCAGAUGUUCACGCGGCCCUCCCUGCCCAUGCCCAUCCAGGACACCUACCAGACCUGCGACGAGCCGCCGCCCCUCAACAACCUCAGCCAGUACCGGGAUGACGGGAGGGAGGCGUUGAAGUUCUACACGGACCCGUCCUACUUCUUUGAACUGUGGAAGGAGAAGAUGUUGCAGGAUACCAAAGACAUCAUGAAGGAGAGACGCAAGCACAGAAAGGAGAAGAAGGACCUCAACCCGCGCACCCUGAAUCCCCGUAAGAUCAAGACCAGGAAGGACGAGUGGGAGCGUCGCAAGAUGGGCGAGGAGUUUGUGGUGCCCAAGAAUGACCUGACGAACUCCACGGAGGGGCUGAACCUGAACGGCAGCAUCGGCUCGGGGGAGGGCUUCACGUCUGAAGGCUAUGACCAGAGCUCCUACCCCUACGAGCCCGGCUCCCCCAUGUCCCCCUCGCACGACGACGACCUGCCCCCGCCGCCUGACAUGGGCAGCUACGACGGAGCACCCACCCAGAAGCGCCCCGGGGUGCUGAGCCCCACCCACCCCCCGCCCGCCCCGCCCAUGGGCUCCCAGAUGAGCGGCAACCGGCCCGGCCUCGUGCCGCCCCCCGCCCCGCCUCCCCCGCCUCCCGUCUCCGGUGGCUUCGGAAUCCCCCCGCCUCCGCCCGGGUUCGAUGCCCCGCCCUCCCCCCCGCCCUUCUCCUCCUCUCCAAAUGCCUAUCCCUCCCCCCCUGCUCCCCCGCCCCCUCCCAGCUUCGCCUCCAUGUCCCCGCCUCCCCCACCUCCCCCACCCUCUAUGGGCGGAGGCCCCCCGCCGCCCCCCCCACCACCGCCUCCUCCAGGCCCCCCUCCCCCCGGGCCCCCUCCGCCCCCCUCCUCCGGUGGGUUUGCUCCUCUCCCCCCGUCCGGCGGUGCGCCUCAGCCCCCGCCCCAGGAGGAGGAGGAGGGGGACGCCCACAGCGACCUGCUCCAGGCCAUCCGCCAAGGCUUCAACCUGCGCAAGGUGGAGGAGCAGAGGGAGCAGGAGAAGCGGGACGACGUGACCAACGACGUGGCCGCCAUCUUGUCCCGCCGCAUCGCCGUGGAGUGCAGCGACAGCGAGGACGACUCCUCAGAGCUGGACGACGACGAUUGGUCCGAUUGAUCAGAUUAAGCCCGCCCCUUCCCCACUCCCCCCCCCUAAUCGUGUGUGUGUGUGUGUGUGUGUGUGUGUGUGUGUGUGUGUGUGUGUGUGUGUGUGUGUGUGUGUGUGUGUGUGUGUGUGUGUGUGUGUGUGUGUGUGUGUGUGUGUGUGUGUGUGUGUGUGUGUGUCUACAUUUUCCGAAGAUCCGAGAGUGGGAAAAUUUCAAAUACUUCUCUAUUUGUAUAAUUUCUGAGAUUACGGUGAGCAUUGUAUUAAAAUUACCAGCACAAUGCUACUACCGUCGGAGAAUCUAAAUAUAUAUAUAUAAAGCUUUAAAGUAUGAGUUCAUGCAUGUGUAAACAAAGUGAUCUAGUAUUUCCUAUAUAUAGACACGUAUAUAACCAAUCACCCUUUUUAUCAUUUGUAAGCAACCUGCUUUAAUUACGUUUUGCAUUUUGUUUUGCCACUCUAUGUACAAACAGUAUACUGUAAAUUCAGUAUUUAUAUGUUCUUGAUGGAAACACCAUUUUUUUUAUUCUGUGAAACAUUGCCAACAUUAUUACUGUUUCACUGGCCAUUAGGUAGUACUAGAACAUAUAGUUGUUUGUAUGAUACGGUUGUGGUUUGUGUUUCAUGUAAUUGUGUGAUCAUGUAAUCGUAUUUCAUAUUGCAAAAACUAAUCUACACAAUCUCGUUAAGACCAAAACACUCUUUAUUUUUUUCCUACUCCUCUUUCACACUUCUAUUUCCUUCCGUCUAUGGUUGUCAUGGGAACAAUUGCCAUGAGGAUGUGGUGCUCAUUUCCUAACGGGGGGGGGGGGGGGGGU